GAUGUUAGCUUGGUUUUGCGAGAUAAGAAUAGAAACUGUUAAAAAGGUUAUCGAGUAUUUGAUGCCGAAAGCCUUAGGUAGUUUAUGCCCAAGAUUUCUGUUUCAAGGCGGAAACUACGGUUUAGUCGGUCCCAUAGAUUAUUUAUCUGUUGACUGUCCUCCUCUAACCGACGACAUAAACUCUCCAAAUGACGAUAAUUCAACAAUUUCGAGCUCUGAAAGCUCAUUUGUUAAUUCAUUUUGGCCGAAGGAAUUGGAAGGUGAGCUAAUCGGCGACAAAUUUAAAGAGUUAAAUGGAAACGAAGGGAUGAUGUAUGGUUUCCUUCCUAAAGAGUUGGCAGAACCUCUUUCAUUCGUCUCUAAUCAGCGCCAACUUGAAGGAAAUUAUCUAUGGACAAGUGAGCAACUUUUUUCUAAAAAGCCUAUCAGUAUGGCGAAUAAUCAAUUUGGCAGGGAAAAAUUAGAGGACGUGAAUAACGAAGAUGCUGAUGAAUCAUUCGACAUCUCUUCCUUAAGUAGAGCUAUUUCGAAAAGAAAACUUAACAAUUCCGAUUCUAAGAAAUUCAAAGCAGAAAUAAUUAUUGGACGUAAGUGUGAUAUCCGGUCCUCUGAUUUCUCUUCUAACUUGCUUCAUCGGAUAACAUCUUGGACCAGGGCGUCAUCUAGUCACGAUUUUUCAUCGACAGCAGAGGCUAAUCAACAGGCGGUAAAGAGCACUGAAGAAAUUUUGGACAUAAACAACUCAUUUGACCCUUUAAGGAACCAAGUUUUGAUUGAAAAUACGAUAUUUGAAGUUCCUAAAAUGUCAUCAUCUCUAUUAAAUUCUUCAUCUACAUCAAUUUCUUCGAAAUCUGAAGAAUUACUAUUAAAUUUUAACACAAUUAAGGCUGUACCAUUCGUAAAAACACCAGACGGAAUUUCUCCUACAGUGAGUUCUUUUUUCAAGCAAAAAUAUGUUAGAGGUUCCUGGAAUGGAACGGUUGAACAAGGGAAUAUUACCAAUCUCUCUUUUCGCGACGUACAGUGUCUACCUCUAUGUAAUGUAGAAAUCCUCCACAUAGGAUUAAUUGAUAUGAAUUUGAAAGGGUCAGAGAUAUCGGGAAAGCUGCCCUUAACCUUCCGUUUCGGUCAAACAGGUCCUGAUCAACAGCUUUUAUGCCGAGUUGAAGGUAAACUAGAGAACAAUAUUGCAACUGGAACUUUUGAAAGUGAUAUACUACCUAGGAGGAGUCUUAUUGAUAGUUCACAGGAUGUUCAAGAUGAAAAGUACAUAAGUACAUAUACAGAAAAUCAAGAAGCUCCACCAAAAUAUUCUUUAAUGCUCAAUCAAUUUGACAAAAUUAUCCAGGAGGAGAACGAAAUACUGAAUGCUGUUUCCGAUUCUCAACUACUACAUGACAAAAGAGAAAUUAAUAAGGCAAAUGCCUUAAAAGUCUAUUCUUCUUCUAGAUACAGUCCUGAUGUUUUCCAAGGGAUCAAGUAUCUAUCUGGAGAGUGGUACUCUGAUUAUGAUGGAAGAGAACUAGUUAACCUUGAAGUUCGAGAUAUUAGAGCAGUACAAACAGAUCUAACGACUGCAAGUUUAACUGUAGCAAAUUUAGAGGUUAAAUCCGAAGUCACAGAUAAUAUUGUGUCUGGAACGCUUCUACUAACGUUUAUUUGCAAGGAGUUGGACAAUAGGAGUCAAACAAAGGUAUGCAUCGUAAAAGGAGUAGUUGAUGGGACACUAGCUAGAGGAACGUUUGAAAGCGAGCCAGAUACAUUUCAUUCCGUUAAGCAUAAUGAUACCAUGUUUGUAAGAACUUUAAGUGAAAUGAAUUUAUCUCCUAUUAAAAUGAAAAACUCCGUUAACGAUUCCAGUAUUGCAGAGGAAGAAAACGAACAAAUUUCAAAAUCUAUUACAGGAGCUAUCCGUAAGAUAUACGAUGAAAUGGAUCUUAAAGAGGAUGAUGAAAAAUCUGACAGAAUAAUGUCAAGGAGAGACGUAACGACCAGACCUAAACAACAAGUUCAAUUGUCCAAUAAAGGGAGCAAAGUAUCGAAAAGUCUAUCAUCAAGAUUUAAGCCCGACUUAAGAAUGGAAGACAGCUCGGAUGGGAACAUUACAGUAAAAUCCACCUCUUCCGCAAUGUCUUUUAAGACAUCUCGAGAAGAUGUUCUUAUAACGGGAUAUUGGCAAUUUGAAGAUCUUAAUAAAGGAACUAUUGAGAAAUUAAGAGUAGAAAAUUUAAAGGUUUUCAGAUGCAGCAAUCCAAUAGCAAAAGUAAAACUAAUAGAAUAUCAGCCUAACAUUAAGAUAGAUGGAAAUUGCGCUAAAGGAACAAUCACUUUACAAUUACUUAUAGAAGACACGGAACCAAUUAAAACAUUCCUAUGCGACAUCAUUGGCGUCGUGGAAAGUAAUGGAAACGUUAGUGGAACUUUAACAAAUGAAGAUAGAAUUAACGACAAACAAAUGGAAGAUCAAUAUAUAUCAACAUAUACUGAAUUAAAACAAGUUCCGCCCAAAUUAUCAAGCGUAGAUAUUCAUAGAAAUUACAUAGAAACCAUAGAAGAAGAAAAUGAUUAA